CAGGGCCAAGUUUUACUUGUAGUUUUUACUGUAUUUUUUUGUAGUGUUUUAGGAUAGGAGUAGGUCCCCUGAAUAAAUCACCCCUUUUAUUAGAUGUCCCCUACCCUUUCAUAGAAGUGUGUACCCCUGAUUAGCUUUCCCCAGUAACAGUUCACAUUGUAUGUAAAUUGUUCCCAUGCCAUUGGUUCCCCCUGUCUCAAGACCAUGUGCCCUGCCCACCCUGUAAGACCACAGACCCCUCAUGAUCAGUAGCAGACCAGCGGCAGUAGAGAGAGGGCCGUGCAUUUUAUUACCUCUCUUUCCCCCUUGAUUUUCUUGGGUGCGCUUUGCCCUGUGUGAGAGUUUAUCUGCUCGAGUUAUUGAUUUUCUGCCAGCAGUGUCUUUAAGGUCUACUAAUAUACACACUGUGUUGGUUUGAGUCUUUGGUUUUAGGUUUAAGUUUUUGGUCUUCAUCUUUUGUUUUGAUUUUGAUUUGAAGUUCUUGUAAAUAAAUUCCUUUUGUCUUUUUUUGUUCGAAAUCUAGAAUUGUUUCCCUUGUCCCUAUUAAUUCAGUCUCCUCGCGCCUUUUCUCUUCAAAGAUCCUGAGUUUAGUUUGGUUAGAAUCCCCAUAGUUGUAUUAGUUUUCGCGAGUUCCCCAGGUGUGUCAUUUUUCCAGGUUACAUUUUUUUCUAUUUUUGGUGGAAGAUCCGGGUAGGGAAUAUAUUUUUUUAGUAAAAUUUAGCCAGGAAUUGUUUUGAUAGGGACGACAGGCAUUUUUUCAAAGGUUUUUUUCUGUCUUUGGUGGUCAGUUUAGAUAAGUCAAGUAAUAGAGUCUAUAAACCAACACAGUGUUGUUAUAUUGGUGGAUCGGACAAGUACAUGAUGGUGGAUGUCAGGACUCCACUCCAGCUCUGUGGUUUCGACCCAGUACCUGCUGAAACCUGCAACCUUGAAGUCCCUGAUGUGCAGCCACAGUCUGAGAUGCUGAGACUCCUGCAGCACCAGUCCAGUAUGCAAGAGGUUAUUCUGCAGCAAUUUCGGCAGAUAAACGCACUCAAGGAGAUGAUGCGGCAGGUGAUGGGCGAACAGAUGAGGCAGAGAUGCUACAUACAUAGUCUGGAGUGCGCCCUGUCAGAUGUUAAGGUGAAUCAGCGUCCCCCAAAUCAGCCAGUUCCAGAAGUCCCCAUCCCACAUCGGCCAGUACCGAAAACCCCCAACCCGCAGCCAGUGCACGAAGUCCCUAAGCCCAUCCCCCAGCCAGCGCCAGAAACACACGCAAGCACCCCUGAUGAGGCGACACAGGCCAGCUCUCAGGGAGGUAUGAGUUCCGAAAGGAUAAGCCUCAGGGAAGCUCAGCUGAAAGAUCCCGCAAUCAGGCGGGUUGUUGAGCUCAAGACGGCAAGCCCCCUGAUGACAAGGAGGCAAAUGUCCCAAGAAACCAGAGUGGUGCAGAAGUUGCUAGGAGUAUGGCGUCGACUAGAGGUGAAGGGAGGACUUCUGAUGUACAAGAAGGGCGGCGGGAAGGCUACAUGUAGAUACCUGGCAGUGGUUCCCCGACAGCAGAGAGAGGAAGUGUUUCAUAGUCUCCACGAAAGCAUGGACAAGUUCGGCUAUGGAAGAAUCCUGAAGCUUGUCAAGGACAGGUAUUAUUGGCCUAGUCUUCAUAAUGAAGCAAUGGCAUACAUGAGGUGUCAUCGCAGGGGCGUACAGCGAAACGGGAGAGAAGCGUCCGGUGAGAUCUCACCGCCUCCAGAGUUCCGGGAUGACAGAGGACCCUGAUCACUGUAUUUUUGUCUAGUUUAAAUUUGUGGUUGACUUAAAUGUCCUCAAUAAUGUAUUGAAGCGUAUUGUGUAUUUUAGCAUUUUGUUUGUUUGUUUUAAUCAUGUUUAAUUGAAUUAAGUUGAUUUUUAUUGCCAUUGCUGGGGACAGCAAUAUUUUAAAGAUGGCGUGAGUGUGGCAGGGCCAAGUUUUACUUGUAGUUUUUACUGUAUUUUUUUGUAGUGUUUUAGGAUAGGAGUAGGUCCCCUGAAUAAAUCACCCCUUUUAUUAGAUGUCCCCUACCCUUUCAUAGAAGUGUGUACCCCUGAUUAGCUUUCCCCAGUAACAGUUCACAUUGUAUGUAAAUUGUUCCCAUGCCAUUGGUUCCCCCUGUCUCAAGACCAUGUGCCCUGCCCACCCUGUAAGACCACAGACCCCUCAUGAUCAGUAGCAGACCAGCGGCAGUAGAGAGAGGACCGUGCAUUUUAUUACCUCUCUUUCCCCCUUGAUUUUCUUGGGUGCGCUUUGCCCUGUGUGAGAGUUUAUCUGCUCGAGUUAUUGGUGAGUUCUGAUAUAUGUUUUUUGUAUUUUCUCAUUAAGUGUAUUAUUAAGUUUUUUUUAGAAGUUUUGAUCUGUUUUGGUAUUGUUCAGAGUUUUGACAAUCAAGUUUUAUAGAAUUCCUGAACAGCCUUGUAAGUUGUAGGAAUUAUCACUUGAAGUUUUGAGAUUGGGUUUAUUUAGAAAUUAUUUGAAGAAAGUUAGCUUGUAUUGUUUGAUUUUGAUUGAUCAGGAUCAUUAGACAUGUUAGAGUUCUGUUAUUUUCGAGGAAAACUGUGUUGUCAGAAGUUUGAUUUAUUUCAUUGACUUAAUUUCCGAGGAAUGACUUGGAUAGAUGCAUUGCAUUGCCUUUUUCUUUUGACAUCUGAUUUCAGUAUUUUGGAUGGUGUUUUCUUCACCUUUAUUGUUUUAUUGUACAUGUAUAAAGCCAAGAGGAGUGGUUUUCCCACAGACUUCUUACUGAUUAGUUUGCCAUGUUUAUUCAUUAGUUAGACUUGUCCAAGCUGUUCAUUUACUGUAGACUUGCAUUUCCUUUAUUUUGUAUUUAGCCACCUGUUUCAUUUAGUUAUUCUUAUCUGCUUUGGACCUGUGCAAGUUUACUAUUCAGGAAUGUUGAAUUACCCCCUUGGUGAUUAGUCCCACCUGGCAUUCAGAAGACAGGGACCACUGUUUAUCUUGCUCAUUAGGUAUUCACGAGAAAUUGUAGUGUUCUUGGCAAGAGUGUAUAGUAGUUCCACAUGGCAUUGUUUAUAUUACUUUAGACCUAGUGUAGCUUGAGUUGUUUGCAUUGUUUACUGUUUUUUAUUAUGUUCUUUACUCUCUUAUCUUGUUUUACAGAUUUUCUGCCAGAAGUGUCUUUAAGGUCUACUAAUAUACACACUGUGUUGGUUUGAGUCUUUGGUUUUAGGUUUAAGUUUUUGGUCUUCAUCUUUUGUUUUGAUUUUGAUUUGAAGUUCUUGUAAAUAAAUUCCUUUUGUCUUUUUUUGUUCGAAAUCUAGAAUUGUUUCCCUUGUCCCUAUUAAUUCAGUCUCCUCGCGCCUUUUCUCUUCAAAGAUCCUGAGUUUAGUUUGGUUAGAAUCCCCAUAGUUGUAUUAGUUUUCGCGAGUUCCCCAGGUGUGUCAUUUUUCCAGGUUACAUUUUUUUCUAUUUUUGGUGGAAGAUCCGGGUAGGGAAUAUAUUUUUUUUAGUAAAAUUUAGCCAGGAAUUGUUUUGAUAGGGACGACAGGCAUUUUUUCAAAGGUUUUUUUUCUGUCUUUGGUGGUCAGUUUAGAUAAGUCAAGUAAUAGAGUCUAUAAACCAACACAGUGUUGUUAUAUUGGUGGAUCGGACAAGUACAUGAUGGUGGAUGUCAGGACUCCACUCCAGCUCUGUGGUUUCGACCCAGUACCUGCUGAAACCUGCAACCUUGAAGUCCCUGAUGUGCAGCCACAGUCUGAGAUGCUGAGACUCCUGCAGCACCAGUCCAGUAUGCAAGAGGUUAUUCUGCAGCAAUUUCGGCAGAUAAACGCACUCAAGGAGAUGAUGCGGCAGGUGAUGGGCGAACAGAUGAGGCAGAGAUGCUACAUACAUAGUCUGGAGUGCGCCCUGUCAGAUGUUAAGGUGAAUCAGCGUCCCCCAAAUCAGCCAGUUCCAGAAGUCCCCAUCCCACAUCGGCCAGUACCGAAAACCCCCAACCCGCAGCCAGUGCACGAAGUCCCUAAGCCCAUCCCCCAGCCAGCGCCAGAAACACACGCAAGCACCCCUGAUGAGGCGACACAGGCCAGCUCUCAGGGAGGUAUGAGUUCCGAAAGGAUAAGCCUCAGGGAAGCUCAGCUGAAAGAUCCCGCAAUCAGGCGGGUUGUUGAGCUCAAGACGGCAAGCCCCCUGAUGACAAGGAGGCAAAUGUCCCAAGAAACCAGAGUGGUGCAGAAGUUGCUAGGAGUAUGGCGUCGACUAGAGGUGAAGGGAGGACUUCUGAUGUACAAGAAGGGCGGCGGGAAGGCUACAUGUAGAUACCUGGCAGUGGUUCCCCGACAGCAGAGAGAGGAAGUGUUUCAUAGUCUCCACGAAAGCAUGGACAAGUUCGGCUAUGGAAGAAUCCUGAAGCUUGUCAAGGACAGGUAUUAUUGGCCUAGUCUUCAUAAUGAAGCAAUGGCAUACAUGAGGUGUCAUCGCAGGGGCGUACAGCGAAACGGGAGAGAAGCGUCCGGUGAGAUCUCACCGCCUCCAGAGUUCCGGGAUGACAGAGGACCCUGAUCACUGUAUUUUUGUCUAGUUUAAAUUUGUGGUUGACUUAAAUGUCCUCAAUAAUGUAUUGAAGCGUAUUGUGUAUUUUAGCAUUUUGUUUGUUUGUUUUAAUCAUGUUUAAUUGAAUUAAGUUGAUUUUUAUUGCCAUUGCUGGGGACAGCAAUAUUUUAAAGAUGGCGUGAGUGUGGCAGGGCCAAGUUUUACUUGUAGUUUUUACUGUAUUUUUUUGUAGUGUUUUAGGAUAGGAGUAGGUCCCCUGAAUAAAUCACCCCUUUUAUUAGAUGUCCCCUACCCUUUCAUAGAAGUGUGUACCCCUGAUUAGCUUUCCCCAGUAACAGUUCACAUUGUAUGUAAAUUGUUCCCAUGCCAUUGGUUCCCCCUGUCUCAAGACCAUGUGCCCUGCCCACCCUGUAAGACCACAGACCCCUCAUGAUCAGUAGCAGACCAGCGGCAGUAGAGAGAGGACCGUGCAUUUUAUUACCUCUCUUUCCCCCUUGAUUUUCUUGGGUGCGCUUUGCCCUGUGUGAGAGUUUAUCUGCUCGAGUUAUUGGUGAGUUCUGAUAUAUGUUUUUUGUAUUUUCUCAUUAAGUGUAUUAUUAAGUUUUUUUUAGAAGUUUUGAUCUGUUUUGGUAUUGUUCAGAGUUUUGACAAUCAAGUUUUAUAGAAUUCCUGAACAGCCUUGUAAGUUGUAGGAAUUAUCACUUGAAGUUUUGAGAUUGGGUUUAUUUAGAAAUUAUUUGAAGAAAGUUAGCUUGUAUUGUUUGAUUUUGAUUGAUCAGGAUCAUUAGACAUGUUAGAGUUCUGUUAUUUUCGAGGAAAACUGUGUUGUCAGAAGUUUGAUUUAUUUCAUUGACUUAAUUUCCGAGGAAUGACUUGGAUAGAUGCAUUGCAUUGCCUUUUUCUUUUGACAUCUGAUUUCAGUAUUUUGGAUGGUGUUUUCUUCACCUUUAUUGUUUUAUUGUACAUGUAUAAAGCCAAGAGGAGUGGUUUUCCCACAGACUUCUUACUGAUUAGUUUGCCAUGUUUAUUCAUUAGUUAGACUUGUCCAAGCUGUUCAUUUACUGUAGACUUGCAUUUCCUUUAUUUUGUAUUUAGCCACCUGUUUCAUUUAGUUAUUCUUAUCUGCUUUGGACCUGUGCAAGUUUACUAUUCAGGAAUGUUGAAUUACCCCCUUGGUGAUUAGUCCCACCUGGCAUUCAGAAGACAGGGACCACUGUUUAUCUUGCUCAUUAGGUAUUCACGAGAAAUUGUAGUGUUCUUGGCAAGAGUGUAUAGUAGUUCCACAUGGCAUUGUUUAUAUUACUUUAGACCUAGUGUAGCUUGAGUUGUUUGCAUUGUUUACUGUUUUUUUAUUAUGUUCUUUACUCUCUUAUCUUGUUUUACAGAUUUUCUGCCAGAAGUGUCUUUAAGGUCUACUAAUAUACACACUGUGUUGGUUUGAGUCUUUGGUUUUAGGUUUAAGUUUUUGGUCUUCAUCUUUUGUUUUGAUUUUGAUUUGAAGUUCUUGUAAAUAAAUUCCUUUUGUCUUUUUUUGUUCGAAAUCUAGAA